AUAACAUCUUGUAGUUUCAGCAAGUGCUUUGGUUUGGUGAUGACCGCGGUAGUGAUAUUUGCUUAAGGAUAAUAACCAAAUUCAUCAUGAAGGUACAAUUAUUUGCAUCAUCUGUAAUAUUUCUGGCAACGAUAUGGUUGGAACAAGUAGGCAGUGCGAAUAUGGAUUACAGAUACAAACCUAGAGGACCACCACGUCCCUCAAGACAGCCUCCACCUCCACAUUACUUCAAAAAAUGGGAACAGAACAGACCAUCAAGGAAUACAGCAAGACCACCGCGGCCCAUUCCCUUAGAACACAUUCCACCCAAUUUUUUACAACCACAAGCUCCCGCUCUCUUGGGUCACUCAGUUUUAAAUUCUCAAAUUCCAGUGCGAAACAUAUGGCAAAAUCAAAACCAAAUUCACCACCAACCGCUGCAUCUUCCGCAGCCGGCACCCGUAAAAAUCAAGAAAGAGAAACCUUUCCAAUUUUCACAGCAAAUUAACAACGUUCCUGAAUACGAUUAUCAAAUACAAACUAAUACGAUACCAUCUCACACAUUUCCAAUCAAACAAGUAGGCGAAAAGGGACCAAUUCAUACAAUACCUGCUCCGAAUUUAAGCCCAGCCGAUCGGCCAGCAAUUAUUGAAGAACAACAACGACCGGCGUACAGUUACAUUCAACAAGGACAGCAACUCUCAACUAUACCAAAUCUCCAUUCGUAUCAGGUGACGGAACCAAACGAUCACUUAAAAAAUGCUCACAAGAAUUUCCGAGACCAACAAGUCUAUUUUUCAACGGCACAGGCACACAAUUAUAAACAGCAACCAUUUGGAAGCGCCCCAGAAACUCCUUCGUAUUCUACCAAUAUCCAAGAUCAACAAACUGACAUCGCAUUAACCCAACACGAAAUUUACCAGUUAAUAAACGCCCAUUUAACUCAAAAACAACAAGAACCGCAGCAAUUAUACAACCACUACGACGUACCUUUAGUCUCUCAAACCCUGGUGCAGCAACCCCACGAACCUUCAGCGAACGAAUACAACGCGCUAUUAGGCCAUUCCCAGAUUAAGGUCUUGCAACCACACCCCCAAUAUCAGAUGCAGAAGACAGCAUUUACCACCAGCCCUCAGUUGCAGAUGUACAAUUACGAGAGACACGCAGACAGUGGCGCAUUUCCAGGAGGAAUGGUGCAGGGACAAACCGAACCCUUCAUUCAGGAGAUUUUUGAUGUAAACGAUGAAAAUUUGGGUAACGGCGUCGAAUCAAAGUCCGACAUACAAGACAAGUCCUCCGAAGGGGCAGUGUAUUACACCAGCUUACCUAAUCGUCAAGCAGCCGAAACUUUGGCCUCAUUGCAAACGGCCGGAAAAAGCAACGUCAAGCAGGACAGCGCGAAUAGUAAAACUCCCUUGGAGAUAUACGUGCCCGAUACGCAGGAGUUUGCCAAUUUUGAGGUUAACUCCUCUAUACGACACAAGAAAGAUAGCGCAAAUCCCGAUGAUUUUGAGGCAAACGACGAUUAUGCCGACAAUCAAGCCGUAGAUGAGUACGAAAGUGAUGGCAACCAAGAAAGCCAAAGAAUGUUUGGAAAACGACUAAAACCAAAGCAGAAAGAUUAAAUAAAGGUUUGUUAUGUGCUAGUUGAUAUUG